UGCUGCACCUUGAUUUUGCAGAUGGUCCCAUGGCUUAAGGAGCACUUUUCAAACACUGUAUGUAGGAAUGGGUGCAGUAGAUGCAAUAGUCAAGCCAUUGCCAUAAUGACCAGUGUGACUUCACACCAAUUACCUUCAUGCUCCUGUCCCACUCAUUCCAGGAGCCUUAACAGGACCAUCCCACACCCGUGUGCAAGGAGUGCCUCAGGACACUUGAGCUAUUUAAACAUUUGGCUAAUUUUAUGCUUGUUUCCAAGAACCUGUGUAUCAAGUCCUUCAAAACCUAAUUUCUUGCUGAUACUGGCUGAUGAUCUUGGUAUUGGAGAUGUGGGUUGCUACGGCAAUGAUACAAUAAGGACUCCUAACAUUGAUGGCUUGGCAAAGGAAGGAGUGAGACUUAAUCAGCACAUUGCUGCAGCUGCUGUCUGUACUCCAAGCAGAGCUGCUUUCCUGACUGGCAGAUACCCCAUCAGAUCAGGCAUGGCCUCCAGCACUCAACAGCAGGUCCUCUUUUGGAACGGAUGUUCUGGGGGGCUUCCACCAAAUGAAACUACUUUUGCCAGAAUACUGCAGCAGCAAGGUUAUUCUACAGCACUUGUAGGGAAGUGGCAUAUGGGUGUGAACUGCAAAACCCGCCGUGAUCACUGCCACCAUCCUUUAAAUCAUGGCUUUGACUAUUUUUAUGGCAUGCCUUUUACCCUUUUGAAUGAGUGUCAAGGCACAGACGACCCUGAACUGGCCAAGUCUUUGCAAGAUACGUAUUGGCUUUACACACAGAUGAUCACCCUUGCAGUAUUUACUCUUGUGAUUGGAAAACUUGCCAAUUUUUUCCCAGUAAAAUGGAAAAUAAUCAUCUGUCUGGCCAUCUGUGGUCUCCUUCACUUCCUCUCCUGGUUCUCCAGCUAUGGUUUCACCAAGUACUGGAACUGUAUCCUGAUGAGAAACCAUGAUAUCACUGAACAACCUAUGAACCUAAACAGAACUGCUUCUAAUAUGCUGAAAGAGGCAGUUACAUUCAUUAAAAGAAACAAGCAUAGACCAUUUCUUCUCUUCGUUUCCCUUUUACAUGUUCACACCCCUCUCACUACCACAGAGAAGUUUCAAGGAAGAAGCAGGCAUGGCCUAUAUGGAGAUAAUGUAGAGGAGAUGGAUUGGAUGGUGGGAAGGCUUCUGAAUGUUAUUGACAAAGAAAGCUUGCAGAAUACCACAUUAAUUUAUUUUGCAUCUGAUCAUGGAGGAUCCUUAGAGGCUCACAGAAGAAAUUCUCAGUUGGGUGGAUGGAAUGGGAUCUAUAAAGGUGGAAAAGGAAUGGGAGGAUGGGAAGGAGGAAUCCGUGUUCCAGGAAUAUUUAAGUGGUCGGGAGUGUUGCCUGCAGGGACAGUUAUUGAUGAACCUACAAGCCUUAUGGACAUUUUUCCUACAGUAGUUCAUUUAGCUGGAGGGGCAGUGCCUCAGGACAGGGUAAUCGAUGGGCGCACUUUGCUGCCUCUGCUGCGUGGGACAGUUCGACACUCCAGGCACGAGUUCAUGUUUCACUACUGCGGUGUGUUUCUGCACGCAGUGCGGUGGCACCAGAAGGACAGUGGCACCGUGUGGAAAGCUCAUUAUGCUACUCCAGUAUUCCAACCAGAAGCCUCUGGAGCCUGUUUCAGAAGAGGAAUUUGCCCAUGUUUUGGUGAUGGUGUAACCCAUCAUGACCCUCCACUGUUGUUCAAUCUCUCACAAGAUCCGUCUGAGGCAAAUCCUCUGUCAGCUGACACUGAGCCCUUGUUUGACACUGUGAUGAGGAGAAUAAGAAAAGCUGUGGAAGAGCAUCGCAAGACGCUGACUCCAGUCCCACAACAGCUGUCCCCUUACAAUAAUAUAUGGAAGCCAUGGCUGCAGCCAUGCUGUGGGACAUUCCCAUUCUGUUGGUGUCAUGAAGAAAAUAACAAAGCAGAUAGCAUAGUUUAAUACCAAAAUCAAAGUUAGCUUCUUUAAAGAAGUUGACAGUUUUCACAUUUACAUGACAUUUACAUUCAUAGAGAAAUUAGAGAUAUGGGUUAAAUUACACUGGAAUAACUUAAGGAGAUAUUAUUGGGUUUUUUUCUUCAACCUUUUUCCAUACCCACAGAAAUUUAGUAAACCUGUAGUUUAAAAAUUAGGGGUCACCUGUAUAAUCUACCCCUCAAGUGCAUAAUUCUGGAUUAAAUACCCCCAAAAAAAUUCUUUUCUUAGUGAUUUUCAAUUCAAGCAAACGAUAACUGAUAAGAAAGUAAACUUUUCAUUGCAGAUGUUUGUACAGGAAAUAUACUUAUUAAGACAACAGUACUCAGCCCAAAAGGGUAUCCCUAUUCAGGGCUUAUCUUUCAAUGAAAAAAAACCUGUUGCACAAAAAUGAAAUUAUGAUGACAAUGAAAAAAAUAAAUAAAUAAUGAAAAAAACCCCACAUUUUAUUUGGAAACAUACCAAAAUUCGUUUGCCUCUCCGAAAUAAACACCUAAUAAUUUACAGCAA